AUGGCCGCUGCCCUGCAGUACACCGGGCUGCUGCUGGGCGGCGUGGGCAUGGUGGGCACCGUGGCCGUCACCAUCAUGCCUCAGUGGAAAGUGUCCGCCUUCAUCGGCAGCAACAUCGUGGUGUUCGAGAACCUCUGGGAGGGGCUGUGGAUGAGCUGCCGGAGCCACAGCAACCUCCGGCUGCAGUGCAAGGUGUACGACUCCCUGCUGGCCCUGCCGCCCCCGCUGCAGGCCGCCCGGGGGCUGAUGUGCACGGCGACCGUGCUGGCCGUCCUGGCCCUGCUGCUGGCCGGGCUGGGCGUGCUGUGCAGCCGGUGCGCUGGGGACGACGGCAGGGCCAAGGGCCCCAUCCUGCUCACGGCCGGAAUGCUGUUCAUCGUCGUGGGCGUGGUGGUGCUCACCCCCGUGAGCUGGGUGGCCAGCUCCAUCGUCACCGACUUCUACAACCCCACCGUGGACGACGGCCAGAAGCGCGAGCUGGGGGAGGCCCUCUACCUCGGCUGGGUCACGGCGCUGCUGCUGGUGGCCGGAGGGGCCCUGCUGGCCUGUGCGUCCUACGCUGGUGGAGAAAGCCGGCGCCACAGGUACUCCUUCCCGGCCCGGCGCACGGCCCCCAGGGGCUCUGCCACGCAGCAGAAGCCGCUCAGCGCACACUCCAGAAGCCAGUACGUGUAG